AUGUCAAACAUUCUCUCUUAUAAUGCCUCUUCGGAUUAUUGUAAUGAAAUGAUAAAGUCAGUAUCGAGGCCUGAUGGAGCUAAUGCAGUGAUACCAAUGUAUGUCACUGACUUUAUGUAUUCAUCUCUAAUGAAAUACUGUUCCAUAGUGUUUCAAUCUGAAAUGGAAGCCACCUAUAACCGACCUGUGGUGUGGGUUGGGGUAUUCAUCCUGAUAGCAUCAUUGCAAUGCUGUCUGACUAUAUUACUUGAUUUGUGGAGUGGUUUCUACAACAAGCGAUAUUGGUUACCAUGUAGAUAUUUCUAUCUGGGUGUUGUUUCUCUAACAUUUGCAACAGCCGCAGUGAAAUUAUCUACGGAUAUGACAAGCCCGAUGAAUGGAAAGGUGGACAUAACAGCCAAGUUUGGAAGCUUGGCUUUUAUGUGCACAAUGAUCACAAACAUCAUGCCUUCUUUGGCGUCCAAGGACACCAAAGAACUUCUAUCAAUCGCCAUAACUUUCGCUAUUCUCAUAAUCACUGUCAUCGGGAACACUUGGGUGCAGUGUAUUAGUCGUGUCAUUUCUAAGUUUGGAUACUUGUACGUUGGUUUUUUCUUGUUCCAACUAAUACUUUUACUCGCUUUUGCUAUAACAGUUUCAUCGUCUAACAAAAUUUUAGAUGCCAAGUAUCAGACGCUUAGCAAAACGGUUUGGAAGGAUCAAGCACCGCAUGACACAAUAUACUCUUUUAAGAGUCUAAGUAGCCAUGUGGAACGAUACUUGAUCAUGGCAGAAACGCGUAACCCUGAGUUUGCGCUUUCUAGCAAUCCGAUUUGCUUUUUUUCUCUCUUGAUUUCUUUAGUCAGUUUGGGAUUUUACAUAUUUAUAGCGGUGACACAACUUGCUUCACCUGAUGAUUUGGUACAGGAUUCAGCAUACAGGGGCUGGGAGCUUAUGGUAGAUGUGUUCAGAGUGGAAAGAUAUUGGACUCAUACCCUAUUAGAGUGGAAGGAAAAUCCAAUAACCUUUCGGUUAAGGAGUCGGAGAUUAAGAAGGUUUAUCCGGAAACUGAAAAGCACCGGUCUUAGACUUUUGAUUGGAUUCCAUAAGGGGGUCGUUGUAACAUCGAAGAUGAUGCAAAUCUUCCCCAUUAUGGUGCCAAGUGUUUUCGUGUACCAUUUCAAGAAGAUGGUACCAUUUACUCCAUCCUCAACCAACAUCGAUACAGAUCAUGAAGACAUGAGCAUAUACGACCUGUAUCUUGAUGAAAAUAUAGAGCUUGAAGAAACAUCUAUGAAACGGAUUUCAGACUCUCUUGUAACAAGCUUAACAUGCAUCGCCAUUGCUCUUCCGAGUAUGGAUAGGGACAUAAUCGACAACUUAUUUGAAAGUGUUGGUAAGGGUCACUUUUACACAAAUCUUGUGGAUGAGAGCUUGUGUAAUGCAUCAUCUGAGCUUGUGAAAGCUCAAUUGGCGGCAAGGAAGCUGUGGGAUGAAUUGGACGACAACUACAUGUGGGUGGAGAAAAGUGCAUUUCAAGGGAAAACAACCAUGGAGAGAUCCUUGGGUGGUUUUCUAACAAAGCAAAACAAAUUUUGGAUGGAGAACUGGUGCAUAACGUAUCUUGGGAGUUCAUUGUUAUGA